UGAUCAUGAUUAUUCAUGAGUCUGUUUUGUUUCAGGAUUGAUAACUUGGUGACAAAAUGCCUCAAAAACCAACGUUAGAUAAACAAUGUUGGCAAUGGGCUGAGACCACUGACCCAGAAGAUGUGAAUCUUAGCAAUGUGAGGUCUGCUUAUAGGCUAAAUCUACCAAACUGUAAGCUUGGUGCCUGCAAAAGACAGUGUAAAGGAAAUCCAUAUUGUGUGAACUGCAUAGGUGAGAAGGUAUGGUUUGGUAAGAUUGAGGAUAGUAGCUGGCAUGAUGUUCAAGAUCCCAGUGAGGAGAGGAGAAAACCUGGAAUGUUUGUUGGACUAAAAAAUCUAGGUGCUACAUGCUAUGUGAAUACUUUCCUACAGUUAUGGUUCCACAAUGAAACAGUUAGGAAAGGUAUAUAUAAAUGGAGGGAAAUUUGGGGUAACAACACAACUGUAGAUCAGUGGAAGCCAACCUCUGUCUGUGGUCAUCUUCAGGUUAUAUUUGGAUUACUAGAGCUGUCAAAGAGACGUUACAUUGAUCCGAGUGAGUUUAUCAAACACCUUGGCCUUGAUGCUGGUCUUCAGCAAGAUGCCCAAGAAUUCUCUAAACUGUUCUUAUCUGUGUUAGAAGAAAACAUUCUCCAGGGCAACACCACCAAUGUCAUUAAAGAUCAAUUCUGCGGAAACUAUGCUUAUGUUACAAGAUGUAGUAACUGCAAUAAUUCGUCGGAGCGCAUGUCGGAAUUCUAUGAGUUAGAUCUCAAUAUACAAGGACACAAAUCUCUAGCUGAAUCUUUAAAAGGUUUUCUUGAGGUAGAGAAACUUGAAGGAGAUAAUAAAUACAUGUGCAGCAAAUGUAAUGAAAAACAAGAUGCCACGCGAGCCAUUGAAUUAAAAAGCUUGCCACCUGUUCUGAAUCUUCAGCUACUGAGGUUUGUUUUUGAUAUUAAAACUGGUUCCAAAAAGAAGUUGAAUAGCUGUAUACAGUUUCCGGAUGUGCUGGAUAUGACAGAAUAUUUACCUGAAAAUCAGAAUGCAAUUUAUGACCUGAAUGCCGUGUUAAUUCACCGAGGUCCAUCCGCAUACAGUGGUCAUUAUGUGGCUCAUAUAAAAGGAAAAGACAGUCAGAAUUGGUUCAAAUUUAAUGAUGAAGAAAUUGAGAAAAUUAAAGGUAAAAAUCUUCAAUUAGGCAGUGAGGAAGACUUGGAGGGGAAAAAACAGAAAUCACCCCGCAUUCCAAAGGGACAUCACUCUUCUAAGAAUGCUUAUAUGUUAGUUUAUACAAGACGGCCUCCCUCUACCUGUAACAGUGUUGAAGCAGAAACCUCAAAAUCAGAAAACAUUCUAUCCAGUCAAACAAAAGAAGAAAUAAGUUAUAAUAAUGUUUCAUCUUCAACCAGUGAAAACUCAAUGUUUAAGACUGAAAUACAAAGUGACCUGUCAGCCUCAAAGUCUGACGAAGCCUUGAAAAAAAUUGAAAGAGAAAUGAUUGAUUCUGUUCCAGAAAGUGAUAGUGAAAAAAGUUCUAGUAAAAAUUGUAUAACAAAUUCAGUUUUAGCUGAUACUAAAAAAUUGAUUCCAAACUAUGUUGUUAAGUUUGUUGAAAAAGACAAUGAAGAAUUUGAAAAAUGGGUGAAUGAAAUGAACUCUAUGAAAGAAGAGAACAUUGCAAAAGGUCAAGAGAAGCAAGAGACUGUUAAAGCAAUAUAUAAGGACUUAUCUUAUAGUGGAGACAGCUGGGAUGAAUUUGAAUGGAUCCCUAUGAACUGGUUGACAAAAUGGUUGAACGAUCCUGCAACAGCCCCACCCAUUAAGCUCUCCUCUUCCCUUUGCAGUCAUGGCAAACUUUGUCCGGAUCAGUCAUUGAAAAUGAAAUGUGUGUCAGAGAAAGGGGCCAGUCAAUUGAUCAGUAUCUAUGGAGGUGAGGUAAGAUUGAAAGGUGAUGAGUCAUUGUGCUUUAAGUGCAUUCAACAAAAAUGUAAUUUGAUAAGAACUAAACAAUUAAUUGUUGAAGACGAUAAAUUCAUAUCAGGCAAGAUGAAAACAAACUUUGCAGCAGAAAAAUGUUACUGGGUUGGGAAAGGUUCUUUCAGAAGUUGGAGAAGAUUAGCUGUUGAAUUGCUUACAGAUUCUGAAGGGAAAAUUGAUGAAAAUGGUGAAGCUGGACAUAAUGAGUUAAAUCUUGAAAACGGUGAAUUAGAAAAUCAUAUUGAUUCGAAUAUUGGUGAAAAUAUUCCGGGAAAUGUACAGUCUGAAUCCAGUCUUGGUGCAACUAAUGAGAUCUUUGAAGAUGUAAGAAAAGUGAAAAGUGAGUCAAACAUUGACAAGAGAUCUGAGGUCAGGGAUGCAAACAGUGGGAAAAAGAAUGUAGACAAUGUAAUGGGUGACAAUGAUGAAGAUUCUUUACAGUUUAAUGAAGAUUUAUUAUGUGAGGAACACGGUGGCCUUGAUCCAGAUAUAAACUGUCGAAAAGCUGUUCCAGAAUGUGUUUGGCUGAGGCUCAAACAUUACUUUCCAAAUUGUGCUGAGUUUGAAAUAACCAGUCCAUCUUGUGUAAAAUGUACAGAGAAUAUUGAGGAAGAUAAUAAGUGGAAAGAAAUGAAUCGGCAACUAGCAGCCACUCAGAAAGCAGCCUUACUAGAUUUGUUUCAUGACAGAAAGAGACCUACAGCUAUACAUCCGGUUGAUGGUACUUUUGUACUCAGUACAGAAUUUGUGAACUCUUGGAGACAGUUUGUUAGAGACCCAUUAAAAAAUGAACCUCCUUGUAAAGUUGUAAAUGAACUUUUACUAUGUGAACAUAACGGAUUCUUGUUUCCCCCUGCUGAGCAUGGCUCUUUUAAAUCUGAUGAUAAAAUUACAUAUAUCACUGCAGAUGAAUGGAGACAAGUAACCUCUUUGUUUAGUUUUGACAAUGAAAUAACAUUAGUGACAUAUGAAGAGAAUGGUAAGAAAGAGAUUCUUACACUGCCUAAUGUAUGCAAUGAGUGUCUGUUGAAAAGACUGAGUUAUGAGGAGAGUGAACUGUUUGAGUAUGAGAAAGGAAUAAUUUAUGUAAGAAAGCAUCAAAAGUUGGAGAAAAUUAUAGAAAACUCCAAUGAAAACAGUGAUUCGAACCAAGAUGAUCCUGAGUUUAGUGAGAAAUCAGCUCCAGGUUCAGGUAGGAAGAGGCAUAAUGCUAGUGAGGGAAUUGUCACGGAACCACCGGAGAAGGUGAUGAAAAAUGGGAAUGGUAGUAAGAUUGUGAGGAAAAGUCAGAGGCACAGGAGGGCUAGGGGCGAGAAGGAAGUGAUCAUGUCGUCAAAGCAGACUCUUAAGGACUUGAAACUAAAGAUCAUGGGGCUUUUCUCAGUGCCUCCGUUUGAUCAGAAUCUUUAUGUUGAUGGUAGAUUGCUAGAUGAAAAUGACCGCAGUUUGUGUGACUUGAGGGUUGCCUCUGGCUCUGUAAUUGAUCUCAUUGCUGAUGAGCCACAGGAAGAACCGAGCUUCAUGGAAGAGUUUGUGAAAGAAUCAGGAAUGCCGGAAUCUGGAUUCAAGGGAACAAAUUUAUUAAGUGCAUAAUGUACUAUUUAUUAUUAUUAUUUUCAUUAUAAUGUAAGACAUUGUUACAUUUACAUAAUUACACUGUGUAUCAUUAUGAUAUAUUGACAGAUAUCAUUACCAGCUGAUACAAGCUGUUCAAGUCUUUACUUACUUAGUGGUUUGUGCCAUUUUUCUGCUGGAUAUGUAAAUAUUGGUAGUAUGAAAGUGCAACCUACUAGACUAGGGCAAAAUAGAUUUUUUUUGUGUGCUGUGUUAUUUAUUGUUAGAAUUAUGUAGAAUUAAACAUUUUUGACACUUCAUCAUUAAGGUUCAUUUAGGAAUGAUGUAAGUUUGCACAUUGUGCAUGUUUUGCUUGAAUGUUUUUAAGUCAAACCAACAAUGUUACAGUCAUAUGGGGACUUUCCAGCUGUACUAGUUGAUGACGACCUUGGGUGCCCCUUCAUGCAUUAUUUCAGGCAUGAGCUGGCACCUGAGUAAAACCACAGACCAUCUGUAAGCUAGCAGGAUAUGAAAAAGUCAGAAUUCACAGAUGGGACUCGAACCCACAGCAGUGAGGAGUGAGUGAUUUGAAGUCAGCAGCUCUUGCCCCUCACAGCUGUACUUAAUAUUGACAGACUAGGGCUACCUGUAUAGAGUCACUCCAUACCUAUUUCAGUAUUUGCAUUCUCGCCAGACUAUUUUAAUGCUUGCUGGUUUGUCAUAUUUUGAUAUUUAAGUCCAUUAACCUUUUCUAUGCCAAUUUUCUUAAAUGGACCCCUCUGUCUUUCAAUCACGACAAAACCAUUCAUCAUUUAAGGUAUAAUUUUGAAAUAAGUACUUACUUAAUGGCGAACUGUGCUGUAUGGAUGUACCAGCUGUUGUAUUUGGUCUGCACUGGUUGCAUUGGUAGAAUUUAUUGCGAUAGGGGUUGAACUUAGUGGACUGUUCCAAAUUCAAAACAAGACCUGACCAUUCCAUAAAUAAGUUGUGCAAGGGUUUAGGAAAGUGUGAUUUCGUUCAAAUUUUAAUCUUAAGAGUUGUUAGGGUAUUAGAAUAUUUGAAGGAUUUCUUGGCACUAUUUCUUGCCUUGUUCUGCAAGUAUUUUAUUUACUAUAGUAACUUUGUAGAAUUAUGUUAAGCAUUUUAGAGUUUCUAAGGUAUCUUUGCUUUAAUUUCUGUUUGAGACUAUGGCCAGUGAAGGCUGUAAAAUGAAUUAAGUUAUUAUGUAAGUCAUAUUUUUUUAUACAAACUUAAGUAGAUGAUCUUUGUUAAUUUUCUGGUAAAAGAGACAGUAAUGUUUUUAAGUCUGUCUGGGUUGGUUGUUCAUUACUAUUAUUUUUAAUAGCAGUUAGAUGUGUACAAGAUAUCCAAAUAGUUACAGUCAUGUAAUUAACACACGUCAUUGCAUGGUGAAUUUAGAAAUUUGUUAUCUUCUGGUCAGGUUAUCUUGUAAUAAAUUUGCUAAGUAUAUUAUAGUAACUAACAGGUUGUAGCAUUGUUUAUUGUACGACAUUUUAUUGUCAAUACCUCUGACUACUGUGUGUGUCACAUGUACAUAUAGACUUUCAAAUUGUAAAAAAUUACCAUUGAAUAUAUUGUAUGGAACAUAUUUUUGUCUGCUAACUGUGCUAGUUAAUAUAAUACACUCAUACUGUAUUUGUGCUAAUUAAUUUAUGUAUUGUUUUUUUUAGCUCACCUAAGCACUAAGUGAGCUUUGUUGAUUACCCUGUGUCUGUUGUGUAUUAUGAUUGAUUUUGAACUGGACUGGUAAUUUACAUGUAUAAGUGUAUUACAUGUAACUGCACAACAAAUUAUGACAUUUAUGACCUUACUAUCAGGUGAGCAAUAAAGGAUAGUCAUGGCACUCUUGUUAAAUGCAUGUAAUCUUAAGUCUUUAUUUAUUGAACCAAGGUUAUUUAAUUGUGUGUUCCUUUUUAAAGGGUUAGUACUUCUGACAAUACAAAAUGAUUUAAAGAAAUUCAAAGCCUAUGCCACAAGUAACAAGCAAAGCUAUCUGGCACAUUCGUACAAUCUGGUUGGUUUCUAGAAUGAUAUAGCAUAGGCUAAAGAUUUAUAAAGUUAUAUCUUGAAAUCCUUUUAACUACUUAUACAUGUAGUAGGAUCUUUUUCAAAAGGGUUGAGGCAUCAGAAUUGCAGCCACCAUUUAUCCCUGUGUGAUCAUUAGAGGAGACAUAGUUUUGACCCCUGGUGUUGCUUUAUGUUUGUAACACCCAAGGUUAGGCAAAAUUAUCUUUCCUGCUUCGGAGACUUAUCACCUAAAUUGUGUUGUUGCAGCGUAAAACCAAACCAAACAAAACAAACCUUUUCAAAAUUCCAUUACUUAAAUUUAGCCCAUUUACAGUUAGCUUUUCACUAUUAUGUGAUCUUUGUUAUCAAAAUAAUGAUACAUAUUAAACAAACUUAUGGUAAGGUUAAUUUCAGCAGUAUUUUUUCCGGAAUUAGUUUGUAUUCUAUCAUUUAUUUCUUUCAAUAUAUGCAGAUAUCAGCAUAAAUAUGAUAGCUUUAAUACUUGAAUUUGCCGCAAAAUGAAAUAGACCAUGUACAAUUGUAAUUUAUCUGAAAAGAAAUGUUUUGGGCAAAUGUUAUAGAUUUUAAAAGCUGACUUGCUCCUGUAAGAAAGUGUUAAUUAAUUAAAGUAUUAAAUUGAUGUAUAAAUCCAAUUGAGAAAAAUGUGAAAUUGCUCAAAUAAGAUCAUAUUCUGUCCUAUUAUUGAACAAUGUUUGCAUUUUAAGAUUAUUU